AUGAAAUUCGUGACUAUUUGCACAUUGCUCAUUGUUUGCUUGGUCUGCUUUGCUUUAGUGGAAGCAAGGACUCCGCGCCAGUGUAGUCCCUGCCCUAAAAUCCGCGGGACACCUGUUUGUGCCCAACGCUGUGGACAAAAUGCUCGAUGCACCUUCCCUAGCGCCUGCGAGGCACGUAGACAACGUUGCCUCAACAAUGAAAUUUCCAUCGUGGUCGUUUUGAAUUCCCAAGCAUCUCGCAUAUAUCAUCCUUGCAAUGUAGCACCCACUUGUUCCGAUACUAAAAACCUUGCCUGGGCAAUGGAUGAACUCCGAUGUCAUGUAUUUUACAAUCCGUGCUUACAAUUAACAGAAGAGUGCAGUCGCCAAAAUCGGGGUGAAGGGCUCUUUACCGCAGUAGACAAGGAAAAGUGCCAACUACAUUGCGAUAAUAUUUGUGAGGAAUCGUAUGAACCGGUUUGUGCGCAGUUUUUUAAUGAUUUUCAAAGAACCUUCAAUAAUAGGUGUGAACUUUACAAAUUUGCAUGUGUGGAGGAAAAGCCUUAUUCAUUUAUUGCUCCCGGCUUAUGCGCGGAAAUUGAAACAAUGAGUUUUGAUAUGGCGGUAAAAGAUGAAAUUGAUGAAGAAUCGGUCGAGACAUAAAAACCACAGUACUUCUAUAAAAAGAAUAUUUUCA